UCUUAAAAAAUCUAAAAAGUUAACUUUUUUUUUAAGGAAAAAAAAAAGAGAAAAGGACAUAAAAAAGGGUGGUUACAACAAUCCAAGCUAACACACCAACACCAACAAUGGUCUUGAUAGGUGAGGAGUUGAUGGACCAAUGAAACAUUGACUAAGACACAAAUUAAACAAGUAUACAAAUUAAUAUAUAAGAUCCUUUAAAUGGGCCCCACAUGACCCCCACACCAAAAUGAACCAAUCGUUGAGCGCCACAUCAUCGAUCGCGCCAUAUCUACUCUCCAAAGUGUACACAGCAACACUCUCUUAUUUAUAGUGUUAGCCAAGAAGUGUUACUCCAAGACAAGCAUAGAGAGUGUUGUUUUACUGCUUAGAGAGAAAGAGAGAGAGAUCUAGAGAGAAAGAGAGAGAGAGAGAAUGGUGAACAUAAUCGAGGGGCAGAAACCUCUCUUACACACCCUAGUGAGGAUGGCGGGGCUCCGACCGGUGCUCGUCGAGCUCGAGCCGGGCACCGUCAUGCACUUUUGGGCGCCCAAACACCGCCUUCCGUCGCAGAAGAAGACUAGUGCGGCCGCGAUCACUGUCGACAAAUCUACCCCGGUGGAUGUUCCAGAAUCCAACACUACUAUUGCCAACACAACAGCGGCCUUAUCUAGGCCCAGUAAGAACAGGGCCCGUAGAAUUUGGCCCAGUAGGAAUCGGCCCAAGCCCGCGAUCGUCCUCGUCCACGGCUUUGCGUCCGAGGGGAUCGUCACUUGGCAGUUCCAGUUCGGCGUGCUGGUCUCAGAUUACGACGUGUACAUCCCUGAUCUGUUCUUUUUCGGUAAGUCGACGACCGUCCAGCCCGACCGGUCGCCAGAAUUCCAGGCCGGGUGCGUCGCCAGGGCACUUGACAUGCUCGGAGUGGAACGGUGUCACGUCGUAGGGUUCAGCUACGGAGGGAUGGUGGCGUUUAAGUUGGCGGAGGCCCGACCGAGCCUGGUCCGGUCGUUGGUCGUGACCGGUUCGGUCAUUACGAUGACCGAUUCGAUAAACGAGGCCAGUUUGACGCGGCUCGGGGCCGCCUCGUCGGCGGACCUCCUCUUACCGGAGACCCUUGAGAGGCUCAAGGCGCUUCUGAAGAUGUCCAUGUACAAGAAGUUGUGGUUUCCCGACCGGUUCUAUAAAGAUUAUCUCGAGGUUUGUAGUAAUAAUUAUUCUUUUUCUUUUUUUUAUUUUUAUGUCAGGCAAUUAGGAGAAAACACUUCAUUGGUUGGAAUAAGCAAAGCUGGUCAUCUCCUCCACAUGGAACGCCCCUGCGCAUUCAAUCGCUAUCUCAAGAGAUUCCUCUCUUAUGUUGAUUCUCAUCAUGAUGAUGAUAAUAAUAAUAAUAAUAAUAAUGAUAAUAAUAAUAAUGAUAAUGAUAAUGCUUAUUAGCUACUAUAUAAUCCCAUUUAUAAACACUCUCUCAGGGUCUCUACUACUUCAGGCUUCAAAACUAGGUAAGUACAAUUUAUUUUUUAUAAUCGAGAAAUAUUUCAAAUCUCUUUGAAUGUUAUCUUUAUAAAGUGUUGAUAUAUUGAUAGAUAUAUAUGAUAUUCUUAAGCUGCAUACGAUAACUAAUUAUAGGAUUUCGAGUAAUAUAUGUCAACACAUCAAUAACGUAUAAAAGUAACAUUCUAAAAGAUUUGUUGUAUUUUUCUGCGCAUUAUUAUCCCCUUUAUAUGAGUUAAAAAGAAAGGCAAAGUGAUUAGUUAAGAUUGUUGUAUUGGGUUAUUGGGUGGAAUAUUUGUUCAAUUGGGUAUUUAUGUAUUUGUAUUCCUUAAUUUGUAUGUAUGAUUUGGCUUGUGAAUGUAGUCCCCAAAAAAUAUUUAUCAAUGAGUAGCUAUUUUGAAAUUGAUCCACCAA